GACGCCAUUUUGUCUUUAAACAGGUGCGAGCGUCAGCGUGUUUACAGUUGAAGAAGACGUUUUAGUAAGAAGAAUGGAAGAAAGCGACGAAGAAACGCAGUUUGCUAAACAAGAAUCAGAACAAGAGAGCGACAAAGAGUUCGAAAAUGUAGAAGAAGAACAUGCUGAACAAGAAGAGCAAAUUCCAUCUAAGCCAAUUACUGAGGACAUCAUAGCUGAAUGUUUAUCCCUACUUUGCAAAACUGGUGAUGGAUUAGCACAUGCAUAUGUCAGACUUGACAUUCAUGAAAGAGAAAUUACAGACAUCAGCAUGCUGAAAUCAUUCAUCCAUCUACGCUAUAUAGACAUCAGUAAGAAUUUUGUGAAGGACAUUUCUCCUCUCAGUUCACUGACACAUAUGCUGACGCUGAAGGCAGAUGAAAAUCUGCUGACAACUGCUUACUUAGAGGAAAUGCCUUUCUUGCAGAUUGCCAGCUUUAGCCACAACAAGAUAUCCACAACAGAGGGUAUAAACCACCCAAUGCUGGAACAUCUGAAUCUCAAUCACAACAACAUAACUCAGGUGACUGGGCUAGAUGCAACAAAACUUUCAAGGCUACAUACCCUAGAACUUCGGGGGAACAAGCUUCAGACUACCGAUGGAAUUUACUUGCCUAGUCUCAAAAACUUGUUUUUGGCUGCAAAUGUUAUAAAGCACAUUGAAGGCAUGAGUCGUUGUCCAGGACUCACCACAUUACAUCUGCGUGACAACCAGCUGGAAAACCUUGAUGGCUUUUCAGAAGAACAGAAGGAGCUUCAGUAUAUUAAUCUUAGGGGCAAUAUGAUAGCAUCUGUGAAGGAGGUGGCCAAAUUCAAGUGUCUUCCUCUUCUCAGAGCUCUGGCUCUUGCAGAAAACCCAGCAGCAGAAGAGGAUGACUACAGAUUAGAAGUUUUAAUUGCCUUGCGGACUCUGGAGCGACUCGACAAGGACGAGUAUACAGAGGAAGAGAGGAGUGAAGCAGAAAGUAUCUAUGAACAGCGGAGACAAGAGGAAGAGGCAGCAAAAAUUGCAGCAGAAGAGGCAGAGGCAGCAAGAAUUGCCGCAGAAGAGGCAGCAAGAAUUGCUGCAGAAGAGGCAGAGGCAGCAAGAAUUGCCGCAGAAGAGGCUGAAGCAGAAGCAGAGAGAGCAAGAACUGAAACAGAGGAGCAGCCACAAGUCAUCCCUGCAGAAGAACCUCCAGUAGACGAAGACAACUGAGGCAUUUAUCUCAAUUAAGCAGACAUUGUUGAUGGGUAAUUGAGAUCAACUAGCUGAUUACUUGGUGAAUCUGGGAUA